AUGCCAACAAUGCAGAGAAUUGAUUGCAGAAAAAUGCAACUUUUUGCAAUCUUUGCAUUUGCAACAUGUGGAGGCUACUCAGGAGAACUGAAAGUCAGCGUGGAGUGUGGCAACAAAUCAGAGAGCGACCUGAGCAUUAAAAUACCUAUUGCUUAUCCAUUCAGGUUGCAUCAAGCGAUUUUCAACGCACCCAGAUGUGAAGGCAAAGCCCGAGAAACCGUCUCAUUAAUCGGAGACUUCUCAUCCUCUGCAGAGUUCUUUGUAACGAUAGCAGUCUUUGCUUUCCUCUAUUCUCUCGCUGCUACAAUCGUCUAUAUAUUCUUUCAAAACAAGUAUCGAGAAAACAACAGAGGUCCACUAAUUGAUUUCAUUGUGACUGUGGUGUUUUCAUUCAUGUGGCUUGUUAGUUCUUCCUCUUGGGCCAAAGGACUUUCUGAUGUUAAGGUUGCCACUGAUCCAGAUGAAGUGCUGUUAUUGAUAUCAGCUUGUAAACUACAGACUAAUAAGUGCAAAUCUGUGUAUGGCCCUGUUAUGUCAAGUCUGAACACCUCAGUGGUCUUUGGAUUCCUGAACUUCAUCCUCUGGGCUGGAAAUAUUUGGUUUGUGUUUAAGGAGACAGGUUGGCACGCUUCUGGCCAGAGAUACCCGACAGAAACAAUGGAAAAGCCGUCAAGUGGUUGUAACCAAUCUUUAAAUCAAGGAGGAUUUAAUCAAGACAGCUAUGGACCAUCCCCUGGAUAUAACCAACAACAAGGGGCAUUUGGCCAACAACCACCAUUUGGUCAACCAAGUGGACUUGUCCCACAAAACUAUAACCAGGCUCGGUAUAAUCAAACGGGUCCAACAGCAUUUACAAAUCAAAUUUAAAAUGCAAAAAAGGUUUCCUCUAAUGAAAUGCAGACAGCUAAUGUU